GAUCGUCAUUUCAACAUCUUUGUUAUUCAUUACGUAAGAAUUGCAGAGGAUGAUUUACCAGUUUAGAUAUGUAAUACGUUGUUACAAGUUAUCACUUCCCCCGAACAAUAACUCCAAUUUGAGUCAUAACUCGGCGUUGAAAAUUUACGCCUCAUUAAUCGAACUGCCUCCUCGUAAUUAAGACUCGUUCAUUAUGAAAGAAAUUUAUGAAAAGAUGUUACUGAUUUCAGUAAUUUGUUUGGCUUUAGGAAAUUCGCUUCCGAUCCACUGCCCGCCUAACGAGAAGAAGGAAGAGGGAGAGGAUAAUGAAAUUAGCGUGCAAGUGAAUAAGAAAAUUAUUAAUAGCAAUUGCAAGGGCCUUGUGGGGAACAAGCAGAUGGUGAAAACUAGAUACCAUGUGGUUAUAAUACCUGGUGCGAAGAAAGAUCGCUAUGAAACGGACACUGAAGUACUGAAAACAUAUUUUGGUACUAAAGAAAAGUCUAAGUCCUCUCUACUAUUUGUCGCAAAAUGUUUCGUAAUAUUUUACAUCUUAAUCGGUUUCGCCGUGAGACGAGACGGUGAAGUUCCAGAAGUUUUAUUCAUCGUGGGACUCUUAUCAUUGGGUUUGAAGUUUCUGCUUUAAAUAUUUAUGUAACGCGUUCUGCUUAGUCGAUAAUUUCCAACCGGUGUUUCUAGAUAACGUAGUCUGUAUCAUCAUGCAUGCAUUCGUAAUGAUGUUAUUAAAUUGUUUUAUGAAUAUCUUAUCUCACAUAGUUAAUGACUAAUAUAAUUUCAAUAAUU